AUGGCAGAACAGGAGAGUUUUGCAGGUUUUGGCACAGCUCAACAAAAUGACUAUUACUGCUUCUGGCAAAGAGUGAAGCAGGAGUUCCAGCCCAUCCAGGGUUACCACUGUGGCAACUGGUACAUGCAACAGCCCAGCUCUUACCUUCUUUCUGGCUACAGCUACGGCUGUGCGGUGGAGGGAAAUGGACAGGACUGUUUUUCUGCGCGUGAGAUCCCUCAACACACAGCUGGAACUUUGGUUAUGCCUAAGGAAACCACAGCUCUAGCUGAAAACCAAGAUGAAGACCCACUAGAAGAUCCACAUCUUCAUGUGAAUAUUGAGGAAUCAAACCAAGAGUUUAUAGUGAAAAGUGAAGAACUCUACGACUCCCUCAUGAAUUGCCACUGGCAGCCACUGGAUAUAGUUUACUCAGAAAUUCCAGAUAAGACCCCAAAGUGAAGCAAGAUGUUCAUUAAGAUCCCCAGUUAUCAU